AUGACCAUGUGUAAUCAUUUAUCCAUAAUAAACACUGUACUCUGUUACAGAAAAACAACUAAAAACGACAAAUAUGCUUUGGCAUUGGCGUUUGCAAUGGAUGAAAUCAACAAGAAUCCUGAUCUUUUACCAAAUAUGUCUUUGAUUAUAAAAUAUAAUUUUGGCCAUUGUGAUGGGCCAACUACACCCUAUUAUUUUCAUCAGAAGAAAUAUGUGCCUAUUCCUAAUUAUUUUUGUAAUGAAGAUACUAUGUGUUCAUUUCUACUUACUGGACUCAAUCCAAGAAUAUCACGGGACAUGGGACUAAUCAUGGAUAUCAUCUUAUCUCCACGUUUAAUUCAUCUUACCUAUGGACCUUUCCAUUCCAUGUUCACUGAUGAUGAACAAUAUCCCUAUCUCUAUCAGAUGUCCCCAAAGGACACAUCUCUAGCAUUGGCAAUUGUUUCCUUCAUACUUUUCUUCCACUGGAACUGGAUUGGCCUUGUCAUCCCUCAUGAUGAUCAAGGCAAACAAUUUCUCUCAGAGUUGAAAAAAGAGAGUGAAAACAAGGAAAUUUGCUUUGCUUUUGUGAACAUGNUAUCAGUCAAUGAGAUUUCAUUCUAUCACAAAACUGAAAUGAACUACAAACAAAUUGUGAUGUCAUCCACAAAUGUUAUUAUCAUUUAUGGGGAAACAUAUANUAAUGUUGAAUUGAGCUUCAGAAUGUGGGAAUCUACAGUUAUACAGAGAAUAUGGAUCACCACAGUACAACUGAAUUUCCCUACCAGUAAGAAAGACUUAACUCAUGGCACAUUCUAUGGGACUUUUACUUUUCUACACCACCAUGGCGAGAUUUCUGGCUUUAAAAANUUUGUGCAAUCAUUGUGCCAUCUCAAAAGGACAGAUUUAUAUCUAACAAUUCCAGAGUGGAAAUACUUUAACUGUGAAGCCUUAACAUGUAAUUGUAAAUUACUGAUGAAUUAUUCAUCUAAUGCAUCAUUGCAAUGGCUAACGGAACAGAAAUUUGACAUAACCUUUAGUGAUGCUAGUCAAAACAUAUACAAUGCUGUGUAUGCCAUGGCCCAUGCACACCAUGAAAUGAAUCUGCAACAGGUUGAUAAUCAGGCAAUAGACAGUGGGAAAGGAUCAAGUUCUCACUGCUUGAUGGUAAAUUCAUUUCUGAGAAAGAUCAACUUCACUGAUCCCACUGGGGACAAAGUGAUUAUGAAACAGAGAGCAAUACUGCAGGAAGAUUAUGACAUUUUUCACUUUGGGAAUAUCUCACAAUACCUUGGGACUAAGGUGAAGUUAGGAAAGUUCAGCCCAUAUUUUCCACAUGGACAACACUUUCACUUAUAUGGAGACAUGAUUGAAUUGGCCACAGGAAGUAGAAAG